AUGAAGCUCGCAUCUGCGUCGAGCAGAAUUCUUCAGAUAAAUAAACGGCGGAGUUUUAUUCGGCCAUUCUCUUCCGAAGCCCCGACGCCUGAAACUUUACAUAAUUCAACCGUCCGACCCGAACUCUUGAGGUAGAUUAUUAAACGCUUUUCAUUCCCUUGAAAAUCCUUUUUUAGAGCUAAUAUUGGCGAUGAUUUGAACAAAUUUCCACCAUUUGAUACGGAUAAGGUCUUGGAUAUCCAAAAAAUGUUUGAAGCCAAUGUUUGGCAUGGCCAUAAGGUAAGAGAUUCGACUAUUUGUUGGUUGUAUUUUAGAUUGGAACCCUGAAACCGAAUAUGAAAUGGGCCUUAUAUGGAGAACGACUGGGCACUUGUGUGUUCGAUCUGAAUAUAACAAAACAACAUUUGGAGAAGGCCCUGACUUUCUUAUCCAUGGUCUCAUACCGAGGAGGAAUCGUCUUGUUUGUCAGCACUAGCAGGUCAGCUUUCUCCAUUGUAAUGUAAACUUUUAUAGGCAAACCAUGCAUCUGGUGGAAAGAAAGGCAAGAGAAGUUGGGGAAUAUUCGCAUACUAGAAAGUGGGUGGACAGUAAUCUAGCCAAUAUUAAGCAAUUGUUUGGAGCUCCAUUAAGGUUACCUGAUGUUAUUAUCUUCCUAUCCACAUUAACUUCUACAUUGGAAAAGCAUCCGGGAAUUGUAGAAGCAGCUAAACUGGCUAUUCCUACGAUUGGAAUCGUCGAUUCGAACUCUGGUAAGACAUUUAUUGUCUUUAUAUUGUUUAUAUACAAAUUGUUACCAACUUACAGUACUACUUGAUUGAUUUUACUUGUAAAGUUACUUAUUCGUCAAUUUUUACUACUUCCGUGCUUUAUUUUUACAAAAUUAUGCUUUCUGGGGGAAAAUAUUUUCUUUCUGGGAGAUAAAUAUAGACCCUUUUAUUUUUUAGGUUGAUGACUUUUUUCAGAGCCUAAUUACAUUACAUAUCCGGUGCCAGGAAAUGACGACUCAGUUCAGUCAGUCGAGUUCUACUUGGACGUGUUUUGCAAAGCAAUCCAGCACGGAAAGAAGUACCGCGACCAGCUACAGCAUUAG